AUGGAGUAUGAAUAUCGGAAGCCAACAAGUAUUUAUUGCCGCCUGGAUGAAGUGGAUCAACUGAAAAAAGACCUGAUACCGUUGAAUGGAUGGCGAUUCGAAACAAAUCCCCCUGAGAAAGACAUGCAGCAAAUUGUGCUGUACAAUGAAAAUCCGUUCACUGGAAAUGAAGUCGAAGAUGCGGAACCUUUUAGGCAAUUGGCAGACUUGCUUCUCAAAAAAUACAACAUAGAACUAAAGGAUAGAGGCAAAAUGACGUAUUCACCCAAGGAAAUUUGCUGUGCCGACGAGAGUAGACAGGCGGCUCAGCUGUACUAUGAAUCUCUCGGUAAUUAUGCUCGCCAGAAGCCUGAACCUAGUGCAUUACAUGCCGUCAAUACUUCGCAUUAUGGAAGAGCUCAAACAUUCAAUCCGAUUCGUAUUUCCGAUCAAUUUGAAAACUGCCGAGCGGCGAUAAAUCAAGGUAAUGUCAAGGAAGCAGCGUCGAUAUUACUUACGAUAGAUGGCCACAGCCUCUUGGAGGCGCACCAAAAAAGGUUCCCUGGAUUGGUAGGCACUCAGGAGCAGAGCCAGUGGAUGCCUACUGAAAAUGAUGCCAUUGAUGUCUGGGCAAAAGUCAACGAAUGUUGGCUGGGUCUGGGCGGGUAUACCUUAGAAGAACUUCAAAGAGGUACUUGCUUAGAUUUUGACUCUAAGGAGAGUCUUUACGAUUGGCUGCAUGAACUAGUAGCACAUAUUGUCGGGGUAUCCGAGUACCUAAGCUACUCUGGCUAUGUUGAUUGCGAAGAAGGAAUACGCCAGGACGAUAUCAUAACCUGUUAUGAAAAUUGCCUUGAUUUGUUGGUGCAGAUGGGUACUACCUCUUCAACUUGA